ACGGAAAAAGAAGAAAGAUCCCAAACACGUGUGGUUUCCUCGCUGUGUCCGGUGUGUCGUGCUCUGACCGUAAACAAGUAUCGAUUAUUGACUCCGAUCACACUCAUUGAUCACAAAAUGACUAAAGUGAAGAAGGAGAAAGUUUCCGCGGAAGAGGCGGAGGAGGCCGCCGUCGCCACUGCCACUGGUGGCGGAAACGAGAAGUCGUACCAGGAGCUGAUUGCUAACGUGAACCCGGUGUCUCAGCCGCUGGCCUCCAGGAAACUCAGCAAAAAGCUUUAUAAGUGUGUGAAGAAAGCUGCCAAAGUGAAGAACAUCCGACGAGGAGUGAAGGAAGUUCAGAAGUUCAUCAACAAAGGAGAGAAAGGGAUCGUGGUUUUGGCCGGAGACACGCUGCCCAUCGACGUCUACUGUCACCUGCCGAUCAUGUGCGAGGACAGAAACCUGCCGUACGCCUACAUCCCUUCAAAAGUGGACCUGGGUUCGUCUGCGGGGUCCAAGCGCCCGACGUGCGUCAUCCUCAUCAAACCACACGACGACUAUCAGGACGCCUACGACGAGUGUCUGGACGAAGUGUCCAAUCUGCCCAAACCCAUCUGAGACGCUUCGGCCAAUCAGGGAGCGGCUCUGAGGUCUGAGGUUGCCGCCCGCAUUUUAAAGGAACAGUCCAGCCUUUUUGAAGCAGCUCUUCUCUUGUUUCCUCUCAGAAGCUCCGCCUCCAUCCACUGGGGUCGAUCAGAGUGGGUGGAGCAAAGCUAACGGUGUCUCUCUGUGGACAUUCUUUGUGCUAAGCUAGGCUAACACAUCCCCCUCUUUGUGCUAAGCUAGGCUAACACAUCCCCCUCUUUGUGCUAAACUAGGCUAACAACUUCUCUCUCUGUCCUUAUGCUAAGCUAGGCUAACACAAUCAUGAAGAGCAGAUGACGAGAUUUUCUAAAAACAAAGUUUGUUUCUGCAGAAAAUAAAAUAAGACAUUUGUCUCCAGUGGACAUAUCGGAGACAGGACACAGUGAGACGUCUCCCUUCAUUGUACAUCAUGAAGACGGGUUUUGUUUGUGACUCUCUUACUUUUUUUUUUUUAUUGUUUUAAUCUGUCAGACUUUUGUGUUAAAAUGAGUUCAUUCUGAAUAUUUUUGUUUUUAAUUAAAGAAAACAUGGAAGAGA